UCUCCCAUUUCCCGGCGAAGACUCUACGUCUCUCUCUGCCUCCUCCUCAGUCGAACGGCGGCGCCGAUUCCAUGGCCCUCGUAUUCCUCCACCGCGUCAUCGGUGACCUGACGCUGGGGAAGCCAGAUCUCAUUGAGUUCUCCGAGGUGGAGACACUCGAGGCCGCCGCCCGGGCCAUCGCCGGCUCCUCCGAGGGGGCCAUUCCCGUCUGGCACAAUCGGAUACCCGCGGCGGGGGCAGCGCCGUCCUCGGAGGAGAGGUUUGUCGGUAUGCUCAACUCGCUGGACGUGGUGGCCUUCCUCGCGAGGGCCGGCGGGGAUCGUGACCGGGCCAUGAGGACCCCGGUCUCGGAGGUGGUGACGCCCAAUCCGAACUUGUUGAGAGAGGUGGAUCCCUGCGUGAGGUUAAUCGAUGCGCUCGAGCUGAUGAAGCUAGGUGUUCGGUGCCUCCUUGUGCGCAGAAGUGUUGCAUGCAAAGGCGUCAGCAAGCCCUUUUCCAUGCUCUACAAUGGCAAAUGGCUCAGGAACAUAGAGACCACCAAGGCCACGAGUGCAGCAACCAGCAGCAGUCCACCGUCCUCUUCUUCUCUUCCUCAGAACAAUUUCUGCUGUCUCUCCCGAGAAGAUGUCGUCCGCUUCCUAAUCGGCUGCCUUGGUGCUCUUGCUCCCAUCCCUCUGUCUUCCAUCACCUCUCUUGGGGCCGUUGAUCCGCACUAUUCUUACGUGGAAGCCCUCUCGCCCGCCCUUGAAGCCAUCGGUAAGAUCCCUCACGGCCCAUGUGCGAUUGCAGUCGUUGAGACUACCAGUGAUGGCUCGCACAAGAUUCUUGGAGACAUCUCUGCGUACGAAUUAUGGAAAUGUGACUACGUGACGACUGCAUGGGCCAUGGCAAAUCUAUCAGCAGGACAAUUUGCUAUCGGCACAGAUGAAAAUGGCUGCUCUUCACCGGUAGACCCGCCUGAUCAGCCUAUCGAUUUGCCAGUGGAGGUUGUCACCGUUGGAGCCUCUCCCAGGCUGACCAAGUUUAGCAGCAGAAGCAUCGGGUUCUUCGAUAACCAGUUGAAGCAGGUGCAAACCGGGCGGCCGAGGAGCAUGUACAAGGGGCGGAGUAAACUUUUGACGUGCAAGCACACGAGUUCAUUGGCGGCUGUCAUGGCCCAGAUGCUGUCCUACAGGGCCACCCACGUAUGGGUGAUCGAUUCGGAAUCGGAGGAUGACAUCUUGGUCGGCGUCGUUUCGUACACUGACAUCUUGGAUGCAGUCACCAGAUACGCCAGCAGUGUGGUUCCUCCGACUCCUUGAUGUUCUUCAGCGUUCCAUCUUUCUUUUACUUGGUCAUAUUUGUCAACAUUUCAUCUUGUCGGGUGUCUUUUAACGAGUAUUCGGAGCAUUUCUUUUUCUCUUCCGAUGGAAUUGGAGACGACGGUGCAGAGAUAAAUUACGAUACCAAAGUUUUGAAGUAUCCUG